AAAAAAAAUAUUCCUUUUCCACAUCCAUUCUUUCCUUUUCUUCUCUUUUUUAAAUGGUUUUGAGUGAGAGAGAAAGAGUGGUUGAGAUUCUGGUGUCAUUCAGAGAAGGAAUUUUUUAUUUAUUCAGCCAGUUAGCAAAUAUCUUAACUAAGAAGGGAUUUUGUCACCGGAAAAAAUGGCAGCCACAGCCGAGAGGCCCAAAGGAAAACAAGCAUGGUUUUGCACCACCGGUUUGCCUAGCGACAUAAUCAUUCAAGUUGAUGAUAUGAACUUUCAUCUUCACAAGUUCCCUCUGAUGUCGAAAAGUCGAAAGCUUCACCAGAUGAUAACGGAGCAAGAGGCGAGAACGACGAUGCCUUCUGCCACCAGACGACAAUCACAGGAGGGACAGCAUGAAAUAGAGGAGGAGGAGGAGGAAGAAGAAGAAGAAGGCGCAGAAGACGACCGCCUCUGCCAAAUAUCCCUUACGGACUUUUUGGGUGGGUCGGGGACGUUUGAAAUGGCUGCCAAGUUUUGUUACAGCGUCAAGAUCAAUCUUUCUUCUUCCAACGUCGUCCCGCUCCGCUGUGCCGCCGAGUUCCUUGAAAUGACGGAGGAUUACUCUGAGGACAACCUCAUUUCCAAGACCGAACGGUUUCUCUCCCAAUCAGUCUUCAAAAGCCCAAAGGAAUCACUGAAGGCCCUGAAAUCAUGCGAGCCAGUGUUGCCCCUCGCUGAGAAUCUAGGCAUUGUUCAGAGAUGCAUCGAUUCCGUCGCCUCCACGGCCUCCUCUGCAGAUCCGAUUCCGUUUGGCUGGCCAGUAAAGGAUGGAACGAAUGAAAUUCGAGGCUCUCCAAGACAGCCUCCGUGUAACAAGGUCGAGAACAUUGUGCGGAGAAAAAAUUUGGGCCGGGGGAGGAAUGCAGAGUCCUGCAAAUUUGAAGAUCUGGCGCAGUUGAGCUUGGCGAUGUUCAAGCGAUUGAUACUUGCCAUGAAAACACGAGAUGUGAAUCCAAAUAUCAUAGAAUCCUGCCUUAUGCAUUACGCCAAGAAGUACAUCCACGGAAUUUCAAGGUCCAGCCGAAAGCCAUCCUCUGCCGCCUCCGUAGCGUCAGAGCAGGAACAGCGAGAGCUGUUGGAGACUAUAAUCGCGAAUCUUCCUCUAGAGAAGCGCUCCAGAUCGUCAAUAUCUACACGAUUCCUGUUUGGUUUAUUGAGAACUGCAAAUAUCAUAAACGCCUCUGAAUCAUGUAAAGCCGCUUUGGAGAAGAAGAUCGGAUCGCAGCUGGAGCAAGCCACCUUAGACGAUCUACUGAUUCCAAGCUAUUCUUAUCUCAAUGAAACGCUCUAUGAUGUUGAUUGCGUGGAGAGGAUUCUAAGCCACUUCCUGGAUGGAAUGGAGGAGAGAAAUGCAACCGGAAUUGAAGCCGAAGCCGGAGAUGAUAGUAACAGUCUUGGAUCUGCGGCCUUGAUGCUAGUCGGAAAACUAAUCGACGGUUAUCUCUCUGAGAUUGCAUCGGAUGCGAAUCUCAAGCCUGAGAAGUUCUACAACCUCGCAAUCUCUCUUCCGGAUCAAGCCAGAGUCUACGACGACGGUCUCUACAGAGCCAUUGAUGUGUAUCUCAAGGCGCAUCCAUGGCUACAGGAGUCUGAGAGCGAAAAGAUCUGCGGAACAAUCGAUUAUCAAAAAUUCACGCUAGAGGCGUGCACUCACGCAGCUCAAAAUGAGCGAUUGCCAUUACGCACAGUUGUACAAGUAUUGUUCUUGGAGCAGUUACAACUCCGGUGCGCAAUUACCGGGACUCUGCUGGCGGCGGAGACCACGCAGACCGAAGCGGGGAGAUUAUCAGCGAUGAGAAGAGAGGAUGGUGAUGGAGAAGAAGGGGAAGGUCCUGCGUUAGGUGCGGUGGGACAGAGCAGUACGUGGAGGGCGGCAGUGAGGGAGAAUCAGAUGCUGCGAGUGGACAUGGAUGGCAUGAGAACGCGAGUGCAUCAGCUGGAGAGAGAGUGCUCAAUGAUGAGGAAAGUAAUCGAGAAGUUCGAGAAGGGGGGCACACAAGGCGGAGGAUGGAGAGGGUCGUUGAACAAGAGGUUUGGGUGUAAGUUCGAGACGCAGGUGUGCGAUUCGCAAGAACCGAUUGUUGCAGAGGCGAGGAAAGGAAGACACCAUCAACAUUAAUUAAUAGAGCUGCCGGUGGAAACUAAAAAUUGUAGUGCCCGAGACCGGAGCUUAAAUGCCAGGUGAACACCCCAUUUGAUGAAUCCGAUUUCGCAGUUUUAAUUGUAGAUCGGCAAGCUUCCCUUUGUAAAUAUCUUGUGGAGGAUGUAACUUAUUUCAAUUAGAAUUUGUAACCAUUAGUCCAUUUGACAUUGAGUCCGAAUGUCAAAUUGAUA